CCAUACCACACCAUACGGUCUCGUCUCGUUCCAGUGAACAAGCCUAGCCGGCGUCGCAGACCAUAUUCUGAAGGAAAAUAUGGUCUGCGACCCACGCUAGAACAAGCCAUGCGGUGUUUGCGGUGUUUACUUUGAACUUUGCACCAGCUCUAAUUUCAAAGCUGUAUUUAGAGAAAGCUGAAUGGUCUGUCUUCUGCGUGAUAAGGAUUGGCAUUGACUGUUCCCCCGUUUCUUAAAAAAGACUCGAUUAAAGGUCGUCAUUUUAUUGAAAAAAUGAGAAAGGAAAUUGAGCAAACAGAUGUUUCUUAGAGAAGAUAAAUUCUAGAUUUGAGAAUGAAUUUUGAAAGGUCUUUCUUUUGAGUCACUACAGUCUGCAGAGUGGCAAAUACCAAGCCUCCAACAUCGGUGUUUGGUAGCAGGGCCGUGAAAGGAAUAAGGGUGCUCACCAAUAAAAUUUCUAAAAACACUAGCUGGCACUGUUCUGCAUUUACAUGGAGGCUGAUCCCCUGGCCCUGUAGUCCUGUGGAUGCUAAAAAGCCUCGGAAAGACAGUGCAAGAAGACUCAAUGGAUAUACUGACAUGUGAUGCAGUCCAGUCAAAUAUGAAUGCAUUAAUAUUGGGGACAUUGUGUAUUGCCUCCAUAAUAUUCUUAACUUUGAUGUCAUUCUUGGAGCAUCGUUCAGCAUUCAAGCUGAGUUGCUGCAAUGGAAGGCCUGGUCUUGUUGUUCCACUCAAUCUUCUGGAUGGCUAUGAGAACCGUUUGGCUUACUCUUUAGCCUUUGGUGUAACAACCUCCUACUGUAUAUCAAUCAUAUUCAAUGAUGCCCAGUCAGUUCUUGGCAGUUCUAUUGCAAAGAUCAUCAAGUCUUCACCUUCAUAUGUAAAUAUAUUUUUCAAGAUGAUUGCAACAAUUUUGCUAGCAACUGGUGCUUAUCCCUUGUUUGUGUGUAUUGGUACAAGACAUCGUACCCUUGGAUCAACUUUUGGCUUUAUAUUCAGUGCUACUUGGUUUUCCUUAUUUUGUUACAAGAUAUCAAAGCUAUUCCGGAACUGCUACGAGGACAAAAAGGAACUCCUUGCUCUUGUUCUGGCUAAGGAGGUUCCCCAAUACAUAUGCCUGAUUUUGCUCAUGUUACAUUUUUCGCGUGCCAUUUUUACAUCCAUCCGGGCUCGUAGGUGUUUCCGUAACCAAAAUGAAGUGCCACUUCCACGUAAAGACGAUUAUAUGUACAACUAUGUGAUGGCCCUUUUCAAAAAGCAGCAAUACCCCACACUCGAUGUCAAUUCGCACUCAUCUUUGAUUGGUUUGCUAACCAAGACUAUUAAGAGAAAGUUAUAUAAAUCUGAAUUUAAGUUUUCAACAAGAGUUGUAUGUACGUUUAUGGUGUCUUCUGUUGCUGUGUACAUGCUCACAGUUAAUCUUCUUGGAAUUGCUUGGAUAUUACUGGAAACAAAACUCGAGCCGUUGAUCGAUUCAAGCAACCUCAAUCGAUUUUUUGGUCAAUCCUUUGUCAUUGAAGCUCGCAAGCAAGUUAGAAUAUGGACAUUUUGUUGCUAUGUUUCAAUCAUGGUGUCGACAAUAAAGACUUACAUUGUUUUUUUAAACAUGCUUAGCUGGUACAGGCGUCAUCUGAUGAAGCUUCGUGUUGGCGAUCGGUCAUGGCUGCCAGAGUCAAUUAAAAGGCUAAAUGACUCACCAGCAAGUCUCGCGGAUGCAAGUAUGAAAUAUGCUGGUUAUCAAGUUGCCUACGUUGCUUGGGGUUACUGGAUAUUUUUAAUCGUUUUUUGGCUUCUUCUUGGAUUGACAUCUUCGCUAAUUUUCUAUCCACUGUUUCAUGGAACAUCUUCAGUCCUGAUACAAGCAUUCUACAAAGUAUGGCCUGCAUUGCUUAUUACAGUUUGCAUUUUCCUUGCGGAAAGGAUCACGGCAAGAUACUGUUUUCUGUUCAAAAAGGGUAAAAUCAUAGCAAUAACAAACAGGAAAGUGUUUAAUAUCGUGUCGUAUUACUUGUUCUUCUUCAACAUAUUUCUCGGCUUCCUGUCAUGCUUGCUCCGCAUUUUGAAAAGUGUUGUUGUUGGAGUAAUGUUCCUUGAAAGGGUCCAGAAAAGUAUACUUCCAAGUUCCUUUGAAGUUAUCGAUCCAGGUUAUUAUGCCUAUAUAGGCUGCAUACACAUUGAGCAUACACUUGCCAACCCUGUUUUGAGAGUAUUCUUGGAUAUUUUGAAUGAAUCGGUUGACUGCAAGACGUCAUCCAAUGCAGAAAAUAUCGGAAAUUUUCGCUCCAACAGCCGCCAGUCAUUAUUAGGGGACAAUGAAUGUGGCAUUGCAUUGGAGACAGAAAGGUAUCGGAUUAUACGGAACAAAUGGAAUCUUGCAUACACCUUGAUAAAAAAUCCGUCGUUGCUACAGUUCAGAAAAAACAAAACGAAUAAGCGACCCAGUGUCGAGUCAGAGUACAGAGGCUCGGUGUCUUGUUGAGUGCAAGCACAAAUAGACAGUGCAGUUUAUUGCUAGUUGCUGAGGUUUCCUCGGAAGUGCAGAAAGUUACUCGGAAGGGUAGAAGUUAUCAUGCAUUGAAUGGGAGGAGGGACAUGUUACAUUAAUAUCCGAUGAAGAAUGAAUUGCAGGCUUAUAUUAUUACAGGCUUAUAUCACAUCCUAUUACAGGCUUAUAUCAAGUAUACAUUUUUUUAUCACAUAUCUGUAAUUGAUUGUACAUGAGGUAUUUUUAAACGGAGAAAUUUAUUUUUAUUUGUUUUAAAAAGAAGAGCUAUAGAGAUUUUUAUACGUAUGUGAUAUAUGUUGUGAUAAAUGAUUUUAUUGUUGAUUUUAGUAUUCCGAAAUAGAGCAUUA